UUUAAUAUAUUAAAUCAAUGGACUAGUCCUAUGUAUAAAAGUAAACUAAACCUGAUGAUUUUAUAACUGAGAUGUGUUCAAUAUGGUGGAAGAUGUCUAUUUAUUUAUGGACAGGGUGCUCUAUUUGUAAAAACAUUUUUAGGACUUGAUGUAUUCACUUGUAAAUAUUUCAUAUUAUUCAUCACUCAUUUAAAGGAGCAGUUCCAGAUAUAUUUAAGUGAAUAAAAGUGGUUAAUUUGGGGUGAAAAUCUCUUUGAAUUUUUGUGGUAUCGUUUCGAAGAAAUACAAACUUUCAUAAGUCCCUGAAUUCCUGGCUGUGUAAGUGCCUGGUUAAUCUUGUCUGUUUUUACUGAAUUUGAAGUGGUAAGUGAUAGUCACGAAUAACAAGUCACUUAAACAAUUGAAGAAUGACAUUCAUAGAAUGAGUUAAGUAACUCUGUUCAUCAAAUCUUAUUUAUGGUGAAUCGUUAGAUCUGGGGCUGUCCCUUUAAAAUUCAUGACUCCUCCAUUUUCAGCAGAUUCAGUAACAGUUGCCAAAGCAUUCUCACAUUUUUUAAUGUUAUUCAAAUUACGUUUUUUAUUUUUGUUCCAAUUUGGACUAAUUCCGUAUCCAUUUCCUGUUCUGUUUGAAACCAAGCUUUUAAUUGUCAUUGUUAUUGGUUAAUUACAUUUUUGCUCAAAACAUAACAGCUCCUGAUUGGCUAGACGAGACAUAACAGCUCCUGAUUGGGUAGACAAGACAAAACAGCUCCUGAUUGGCUAGACAAGACAUAACAGCUCCUGAUUGGCUAGACGAGACAUGAAAAAAGAAUAUAUUGUAGAUUUCAGUCAAACCGAUUUAUUCUAAGUUAUGAGUGUUUGAAGUUUUGGCAACAUAAUCUUGCUACCAUAAUAAUUGUCAAUAUGUCAGCUAUUCAUUACAUUAUUGUAUGUAUAGGACCUGCUAUUGUCUCCCUUGUCAGUGAUGCAGGACAGAGAGCCUGACAAGGACAGUUGUCUAGUCGUUCGGAUGGGACGAAAAACCGAGGCCCCGUGUACAUAUUGGCGUCGCUGUCCUGGCAAAAUUUCCCUCAUAGCACACUGUAUGGCGUAUGCCCGUCUUCAUUAGCCCAGUUUAGGAGCAGAACAGUAGGAGGUUAAACCCCAUUUCAUUUACAUUUCAUUUGUAUACAGUUUGUUUACAUUCUGUGGUUGUAGUUUAAUAUCACGUGAUUGAUGAUCCCGGGGUCAAGGCAGGAUGGAGUAUUCGAGGUAACUCGUGACGUCCAUGUUGACUAAAGAGAAGGAGUUAUUGUGUUGUUGUGUCAGUGAUCUAGUAGACUAGUUACCUGUAAGGCUGUAAACUAUAGUGUUUUAAUAGUUUUGAUUUUUAUAUCGUGUUUUAUAUUGGACUAACUGAUCCAUUCUGUAUUUUAUACAACCCGUGGAACAGUAAGACUGUAAGCUAGACUGUCGUAUGUUAUAUCUGACUACUGAUUGAUUCUGUAGUUUUAUCCUGUUUCAACUCGUAUUUUAUACAACAUGGCUAAACAGACAGACAAGGAGAUGUGUAGUAUCUGUUUAAAUGACUAUCAAACACCUGUUUUGAUAGAUUGUCAGCAUACAUUUUGUUUCAUCUGUUUAGAAGAUUAAGUGAACAAAACCUCUACUAAAGACCAGUUCCAAUGUCCAUUAUGUCGGUGUCUUAUAGAUGGGGGUAUACAGCGCUUUAAACCUAAACUAAACAUUGAUGAUAAUUCUACUAUUCCACAAUGUGAUGUAUGUACUGAAGAUACAUCUCAAUAUUUUUGUCGAGACUGUGAUCAAUAUUUAUGUAAAUCAUGUAAAACCACGCAUGAUAAGAUGAAAAUUUGUAAAGACCACAUUGUUUGUCGAUAUGAUGAAAAACAAGUCUGUCAACAAUCAAACGAACCAAUGAAGGAAAAGACAUCAGCCACUUUCGCCACACAUCCGAAAGAUUUCUGCCCAAACCAUGAUGGAGAGACAGUAAAAAUUUACUGUAAAGAUUGUUUACUAGCCGUGUGUUUCAACUGUUUAGUGGCCGAUCAUAACGGACAUAAUUUACAGAAGGAUGAUGUUAGACAAAAUAUCAGACAAGACUUAAAAACGCUGAAUGAAGAUUUAGAAAAACAAAUUAGCAAUUUUCAGAAACAUGAUAAUUUGAAUAGUAAAUUGAUUGAAGUAAAAAACUGUACUAAAACAGAGUGUGACAAAGUAGAUGCACAGGUGGAUAAAAUCUGCUCAGAAUUUCGUAAAAUUGGAGAAAAUGUUAAAAAGGAAAUGCAGAAAACUAGUGAACAAGAAGAAUCCAAAUUGGGGAAAUUAAUGCAGGACAUUAAAAGACUAACAGAAGAUUUAAAAGCUAGUGUUAAAUAUUCAGUGAAUGUUUUAGAAGAUUCGUCUGUUGUUCAAGUUUUACAAAGGUUGCCUAAAGUUAGACAGGAGAACGAUGAAAGUUGUUGUAGAAAAUUGGAUGUACCUGAUGUAAGAUAUUCAUCAUUUCAAGUAGCAGAGAUAGAUAAAACUUUGUUAACUAAUCAACUUGGUAAAAUUGUAAGUUGUCAUCAGAAUAUGAUUGAAGAUGCUUUUAGUGUGGAUACUGUGUCAGGUUGUUGGUAUUAUGGUAAACAAAAUGUAGUUUCAGGUUUUACAUGGAGUAUUGGUGUGGGUAAAGGAUUCUCAUCAUCAUUAGAUGUUGUAUUAUACCUGGAUGACGUAGAAGAUAAAAGUAUUAUGUCAUGUAAUGUUGACGUCAUAUUUAAAGUUAUAAAUAAAACAGAUGAUAGACAAUCUGUAGUUAAACAACAUAAUGAGACUGUUAAACCUGGUGGUGUGUCAUACUGUGUUACUGAUCUUAUUGACUGGAAGAGAUUCAGUAAUCCUGUCAGUGGAUUUAUUGAUGAUCAUAGAAACUUUACAAUUCAAGUAACAAUUAAUAAAAUAGCUGUCAUUAAAAGACGUAAAUAAUUAGACUACUGUUAUUCUGAUUAAAACUAUGUUCCUUCUAAUUUGUAUACACCAUCAUCGAAAUGUGGUUGUAUAUUGUCGUCACUCCAGUCAGUCUGGCGUCCGAUGUCCAUCAUUCCUUGUGAGCGAUUGUUGGGGAUCUACCAACUAUUCGUUAUGACGGUAAGUCACGUGUUAUCUGACACAAAUCACAAGAAUCGUAUAAACACACGUAGCUAUUGACUACAUCCAUUCCUUUUAGUAACAGUUGUAACCGGUUGGUACAGUAAUUAAGGAGAACGUUAAACUC